AUAAUUUAUGGUGACGACUAAACAACAUACCGCUGACCUGACAUGAUCACUCCUAUGUGAGAGUGUGAGUGCUCUUUCUAUCCUUCCCCCUUCGUCUUCGGUGAAACAAAUCAAUGGGAGAUGCAUUGGUGGAACUGGAACAGAUUUUUCGAUCAAGCAAGCUGCAGUAUCAGUUAACACGCGAGGAAGCAAAUGUUUUCCAUACAUGCAGGGCAAGGUCAGUUAGGGAUUUUAUUGUUGGGGCUUGUGUUGCAUCUGGCGCUGUAUGGACAGCUACCAGGAGUCUCCGUUAUGCAAUGCGGAUCAACCUGUCAGUAGGGGCGGCAGUCUUCUCUGGAGGUUGGAGAUUUAAUAGGUCCCUAGAUUCAUGCCUAGGUGAUAUUCUUUCACUUGAAGGAAGUCGCAUGCAGAAAGAGUUAGCUAAUCUAAUAUUGAAAAAGUAUCGGGAUGAUCCAUGGAGAAUGCAACUUGUCAACAAACAUUUUUACUUGGAGAAAGUAUUUGAUGAUUUAAGUAUAGAUAAGCCAAUAUCAAGGUGGCGUCAUCGAAAUUUCUUUGGUGAAAAUGUUGCUCAGAGUCAGAGAACGCAAAAUGUUGAUUCUGACAGUGAACCGACUGACAUGGAGGCCAAGCAAUCUGUUAUGAUGACCUCCAGUGUCGAUGUGAUUGCGGACCCUCUUGACUGUGUGUUUGGGGGGUACGGAGGAAAAGGAGAAGAGAUCCAUCACCUCGACACUACUGGUGUUUCACCUAGGAGACGUAUCCGUGCUAACAAAAGAGCUCAUCGCCGGCAUCAAAUGCAGCAACAGGAAGUUUCUUCAACCUCUCAAUUCGCACAAGCACAAGUUGAGUGACGAUGACGAACAAAGGAUCAGCAAAAAUAAGAGGAAAAUUUUUUUUUUUUAAUGAAUUUAUGAUUCAGCAAUCUCCUUCUCUGUUAUUACUGCAUAUUUUGUGGGUGGGGAGGAGGUUGCUUUUUCUUGUAUGCUUAUUGACAGAUUAUGAAUCUUUUGUCUUCCUUUGUCUGUGUUUGCGACAUGCUUGUUUGGCUAAACUCAACAGCUAAUAGGUAAAUAAAUCUUGGGCCUUGAGGCA